AUGCAGGGAGAAGCUGAUUAUUUAAAUCAACUUAGUCCAAUUAGGCAUUAUAGUCUAUCUCCAGAUAUGUUUGAUGAUAUUAACGAUACAAUUCCAAGGUAUAAAAGGAAGUCUAUUAAUCACAUUGUAGAUACUCGUGAAAUACAAAAAUCUAAUGAUCUUAAUAUUGCUAAUUCAUUUGAUCCGGUAACAAUUGAUAUCGAUUCCACUGAGAUUAAGGACUUUGUUUCAUUCGAAAACAUUGAAGAGAACGUAAAUACCUUAUCAAAUACACCACAAUCUAAUAAAUCAAAAAAGAAGAGUAUAAACCAUUUUGAUGUUAAAAAAACAAAAAGUAAUUUGAGUAUAUUUAUCGAACAAUUUCAAAUGGAGAAUGCUAAGUCAGAUUUUGAUACAGAUUCUGAUAUUACGAUAAUACCAAUACCAUCUAAAUUCAAGAGAAAUCCAUUUAAUAUCAAUAAUGACAGUCCUGAUCAGUCUUUUAGAGUUAACGAAACUGCAAUUGUAAAUGGAAAAUUAGAAAAGGAAAAAGAUGUUUGGGAUAAGUUUGAUUGCAAUGUUACUAAUUUCCAAUUGGAUACGAAAUCUACAUCUGGAGACAGUGAUGAUGUUAAGUUAAAUUUUGAUGCAAUGGUUGAUUUAACACAAUUAUUGGAAGAUAAUAAAGAAAAUUGUACAGAAAAAUCUGUGAAAAACAAUUCAAUGAACGGAAAUGUAAAUAACACAGAAGAAAUAGUUCAAAACGAUAUAUCUCUUAUAACAAAAGAUUUAUCAAAGCAUAAUGCAAAUGUUAUGAAUUUAGACAACACUAGAGCACAAUCCGAUGAAAAUGAAAAUAGUAAUUCAUUAGAUAUUUCUACAGAUGGUGGUGAACUAUCUAUGUAUACAAUGUAUAAGAAAGGACAUAAAAAUAAUAGUAUAAUAAAAUAUCGAAAUUUUCUGAAAACAUGUGCACUAAACAAUUCUGUAAAAAGUACCUCAGAGGAUGAUAAUUAUGAAAGCGAUGAUAACAUGGAUAAGGAAAAUAUUACUUUACACUCAGAUGUAAAUAUAGGGUCUGGCAAUAUAAUCAUUUCCGAAAAAGAAAAGGAAAUAAUAUCGAACCUUGAGAACUCUGGUCAUCAAUCAGUUCCACAAAGUCCAACAAAUUUUAACAAUACAAUUGAUAAUAACAAUGAAGAUCAAAAUGAUUUCUCUGUUAAUAUCACAUCUCCAAUAAAUAGGCAAAGAAGUACUUGUAAACUCAAAAGUACGGAUAACCCAAAUAAGUUAAGGUAUAGUAAGUUAGAAAGUAACAUAAACACAGAGGUAGUACGACAUAAUUUGUCAAUGUCAUCGCCAACUCGAGAAAUUAAUGAAACAAAUUUAAUAGAAUCCCCUAUUUUAAUAUAUUCUAGCCCAGAAAUAGAUAUUUUAAAUGUGGAAACGCGUAAGAAUAAAGUGAAUAAUAAUGUUUCAAGUCUGGAAGAAUUUAGUAAUAACAGUUCCAUUUUUGAAAAACAUAUUUAUUUAGCAAAUGUUCACAUUAACAAUUAUGAUGAUGAUAAAUCAAAUAAGAAAAUUAAUGAAUCAACUAUAACCAACAAUGUUGGAACAACAGAGAUAGAAACCAUUGAAGAGCAAUUACCUACAAAACAGAGGAUCAGAAAAUUUCAAAGAAAAUCCAUGUCAGACACAAAUUUGGAUAUUAAUGAAAAAAGUACAAAGAAUAAUGCAUCCCAUCCUUUUAUUAGUCUCAGUCAGUCGUCUCUGUGUAACUGUGGCGAUAAACAAAUUUCAGAGAAACUAACAUCUCCUACAAUUAUUAGGGAUAGUAUUACACCUCCUCCUAAUUACGAUGGCAUGGAAACAGAUGAACUUCAUGCAGAAUUACGUAAAUAUGGAUUAAAAUUACAGAAACGAAGUCGGGCUAUAAAAUUGUUGACAUAUAUUUAUAAUGAGUUGCAUCCUACAGAGAUUUCAAUCUCUAAGAAAGUAGAACCUGUACCUCCAGUCAUAGAUAGCGAUGACGAGGAACCACCAAUGAAAAGAAAAAGUUAUGAUAAAAGUAAUACUAAUAGUGAUUACCGAUAUGAUUUACCGCUUUCACAAAGUAGUGCUGAAGAAUCAUCUGUAGUUAUAAUCGACAAAGAAACACUAUUCGAUGAAUCUGAACCCUUGACUGCGAUAAAUGAAGCAUUGAAUAUUAAAAACGUGUUUUUCAAGUUAAUAAAAGACCAAAAAGAACUACACAAUAAGAUUUUAACUUAUGAACCAUUAUGUAUUGAGUUUUUACAUUCUAUGCUGAAACAAGAAGGCUUCAAAUGCAACAUGAAUACUCUGAUGGACUUCUUAGACGAACAGUGUAUUACGUUUUAUUGUCAAGAUAUGAAAUACAAGAGAAAUAGGAAGAAGUAGAUGGUAAUACCAGGA